UUGUUGAUGCAAUAUCUAAAGUGAUUAUCAUCAAUUGAAUAUCCAAGAAUGUAGCGUUUCAUUUAAACAACUCGUCAAAACCUGUCCUGAUCUGAUUUCAAUUUAGCGCUCAUCUUGAAAACAAGGGCCUGACAUAACUUUAUCAUGCCGGGAGUCUUCGGAAAGGUUGUAAAGUUCUCUGCCAAGGCAGGUGCUUGUGCAGGAGUGGUGUACUACACUGCUCAGGCGGGUGUCUGGUCUGAUGGCACCACCGGCCAGCAGACCUACGUCAGGGUCACCAAAGACUUGCCUGAUGUCAAACAGUACAUCCCGGAAGACCUGAAUCUGCCGGAGACAUCCGAGAUGCGCCGCGGCGUGUCGCUCUACUGGAACUGGGCCGUAAUCGGGCUGACCAACACCACGGCGCGUCUGCCGUCCAUCCUGGCCGGCUGGGCCGCCUCCACCAAGGAGAUGCUGGAGGAGAUGCUGGUCAUCACGCCCGAACAGGUCAAGGAGAAGACGUCAGCGCCGGCGGCAUCUUCGUGAUGUGCAGGACUAGGAGGUUGUAUUGUAGAAAAUAGUGAUGUUUCCGUUUGAGAUGGCUGCAGCGUAUCUGAGGAACCACCGAGCGUGCUUGGGUUCGUUUGAUGGAACUAUGAAGAAUGGCGCAUAGGAUUGUCUGGCCCAACCAUGGACAUUGCUGUUUUCUCUCGGUGAACUAUGUGCUUCUUGGCGGUAACGGGAAUACUGAGUGGAUUUAUGUAACACCUUGCACGGCGGUGUGAAGGGUGAGACCGUCAAUUCAAGGAAAUGCGUAUGGCUAUUGUAAGUUUAUGACGUGAUAUGUGUGUUAUACUGGCGUCGAAAUGCAAUUGGUAUGUA